AUGCUGCAGUUCCCGGCGCUGAUGCGGCAGUGGCCGUCGCCGCCGCUGAUCCCGGCGUCCACGCUGCUCCCCGUGCCGGCCACCUCCCAGGAGGACGAGCUCCUCCUCGCCAUGGCCGAGUCCGACCUUGAGGACAAGCUGAACGAGAUCCGGAAGACCAACAGCCACCUGGCUAUCAUUGGGAAGCCCUCGGGCGAUACCAAGGAGGAGUACGACGAUGAGGUGGAGGACGACAAUGCAAACAACGUCGAGGAGUCCGACGGCGACGACUUCGACCAGGAGACCGGUUGA